AUGAAGAGCUCUAUGCAGUUAAUCUCUACUCUCUUCUUCCUAGUCAUACUUGUUGUCGCACCAGGUAUGAAGAUGGUUGUUGAAGGACAACCACAACUGUGCGAAACGAAAAGCUUAAACUAUAGGGGGUUGUGCAUGAAAUGGAGGAAUUGCAAGCGAGUAUGUAUUAGCGAAGGUUUCCCUGAUGGUCGAUGCAAGGGAUUCUUCAACAACAAAUGUGUUUGCAGGAAGCCUUGUGCUCUUUCUACCUAACUAAAACUAUAUACAAUAAUAUUAUUAUGAAUAAGGCAUUAAUAAGAUAUCUACUUUUAUGUAAGUUAAUAAAAGCGCAGAGUACAAAGUCAUGUAUCUCAAAACUCUUAAUAUACAAUAAUAUAAGGAUUAUACAUU